CAGUGGGGAGGCGCAGCACCGGGGAAACGGGAGCAUCGGGAAACCGGGCAGCCGGGAAGACUGGGAGCCGCAGCACCGUGGAAACGGGAAGCCACAGAACCGGGAGCACCGGGGAAACGGGGAGCCGCGGCACCGGGGAAACGUGAAACCAGGAGCAUCAAGGAAUCGGGAGCAAUGGGGAGGCGCGGCACCGGGUGUCGACUUCAAGAUGAAGACCAUCGAGGUGGAUGGGAUCAAGGUGCGGAUACAGAUCUGGGACACAGCCGGCCAGGAGCGGUACCAGACCAUCACCAAGCAGUACUACCGGCGGGCACAGGGCAUUUUCCUGGUGUAUGACAUCAGCAGCGAGCGCUCCUACCAGCACAUCGUGAAGUGGGCCAGCGACGUGGAUGAGUACGCACCCGAUGGUGUCCAGAAAAUCCUCAUCGGGAACAAGGCGGAUGAGGAGCACAAGAGGCAAGUGCCCAAAGAGCAAGGGCUGCAGCUGGCCAGGGAAUACGGGAUGGAUUUCUACGAGACCAGUGCCUGCAGCAACCUCAACAUCAAGGAGUCCUUCACACGCCUGACGGAGCUGGUGCUGCAGGCACACCGAAAGGAGCUGGACGAGCUGCGGGGGCUGCCCCACGCCCCCACCCUGGCCCGGCUGGAGGAGGAUGAGCAGCAGCCCCUGGGGAGCGAGGACACCCCCAAAACCUGUUGGUGUUGAAGGCUGGGACGCUGUGACCCCUCCUCCCCAGGCUGUGUCGGGGGUAUGGUAGGGGCAGGAUUGAGGCAGCCCCCAUAGAGUGGGGGGCAACACGGGACACCCCCAGGGACAGGGAAGGUGGCAAGGGGGGCCCCCAUUUUGGUGCCUGUGCCCUCCUUGGCUUGGGGGUAGGGUGGGGGGUGUACAGGCGCUGUGUGCCCACCCUGUGCCACCCCGUGCCCGUGGGAUCCCUGGUUUUACACAGUGGUUUGCAGAAUAAAGGAGAUGCUGGAGGG